AUGCUCUUCACUCAGACCGCCGCCGCCGCCUUCCUGGCUUUCGCCUCUUCCGCUCUUGCCGGACCUAUCAGCACUCGCGAUACUACUCCGGCUUUGAGCUUGACGCAACAGCUAUUCCUCGCUGAUACCGCUGCCGACCGCUUUAAGCUCCUCCCUGAUGACAAGCAGUUCGUCUUCGACUUCAACCAGAAGCAAGCCAACCCCGGAAAGGGUGGUGAGCUCGUCGCUGCCAACCGCAAGACAUUCCCCGCCCUCGUCAGCACCGGAGCCGGCAUGGCCGUCGGACGAGUCAAGCCCUGCGGCAUGAACACCCUCCACGUCCACCCCCGAUCCGUCGAGCUCCAGAUCGUCACCGAGGGCCGUCUCAUCACAGAGAUGGCGCCCGAGAACGGCGUCCUCGCGGCCGACGGCAAGACCCGCCGCAUCAUCCGCACCGAGCUCAGCCCCUACAUGAUGACCCCCUUCUACCAGGGCUCCGUCCACAGCCAGUUCAACCCGGACUGCACCGACGCCAUCUUCGUCGCCAGCUUCACCUCGGAGGACUUUGGCACCGGCCAGAUCGCCGACGAGACCUUUGCCUUUAGCGACGAUCUCAUCGCUGCUACGUUCGGCCAGAGCAUCGACGGCGAGGAUAUCGAGAUGGUCCGCGCUGCCAUUCCUGCCAGCAUCGCCCUUGGUGUCGAUGCGUGCUUGAAGAAGUGCAACAUCAAGAAGCGUGAGAUUUAA